GAAAUUUUGACGACGCAUUGGUUAAUAAACAUUGUACAAAUUCUAAUUCAUUUUCACUGGAUAUUUUCACCAUAUCUUACAUAGAUAAUUAGGUAAAUCUAUAUAAAAUACUUUAUACACAAACUACUCGUACUAUUGAUGCACAAUAAAAGUAUUUUACAUUGGUGAUAUUGGACAGAAAAAUUGAUAAAAAUAAAGUCCUGUCAAAAUUUAUGAGAGCUUUUAACACUGCUGGCGCUAGUUUCGCUUCUUGCAAUUUUUGCAAACAUAAAAAAAAUCAUAGACGGUGAGUAAAUGGACCUCCUACCAUAAAAUAUAAGGAUGGAAACGCAAAAUACUGAAUAUAUGGAUAAUUUGCGUCUCAAGAUAAUUCAGAAUAUCUGUACGAAUGAUAAAGUUUUUUUCAAGAGUCAGCAAAUUGACGAUCCCGAUUUAACGGCUGAUGAGAAAAAGGAAAUAGUCUUGGAUUUGUUCAAUAAGAAAGACUCCAUAUUUUUGAGUCGUUUUGGGAGCUACAUUAACAAUGAAUAUUUGAUAUAUUUCGAAUUAAAAAAAUACACAGGAGAUGAGGAAUACAUAAUCAGGCAGCAUUUAGAGAAACUUAAGCGCUGGCAUAAGAAUCGUAAAGUUGAAAUAAAGAAUCGACGGUAUGCUGCUAUGCAAAAAAUGAUUUCAGACAGCACAUACUUCACAGAGACGGAAAUGAUGUCCAGACAACCAUUGCUGUAUGAUCAACUUGUUGGGCAGUACCUGAGUGAGGAAGAAAAGAAAUCGAGAGAUACAAGAGAUAAUUCAACUCUACUUAAUGUUCUCUUAAAUGGGAUGGAUGAUGAGGCCUACAAUGAGAAGUUAGCUGAUGAAAGGAAGUUUCAGGAUGAGAAUUCCUCAUCGAAUUCAUCAGAUGCAUCUUUCCCGGUAGAAAGAGUUCUUUGGGGUGAAUUCACCGAUGAAGCUCAAUCAACUUCUAAGCCUCGACAAAAAUGCAUAACACGUACCGAGAGGGAUCUUCUGAAACAAGAAUUUGUUGGGAUAAUGUAUACAAAUUUCCUCGAAGGACAUGAUAAGGAAUUUGAUUACACAACAGUAGAUGAUAAUGCAGACUACGAUAACGAUGUAAUACGAUCUCAUGAUGAGGAGGAGAAAUAUUUUGAUGGUGAUGACGAUAAUAUUUCUGAAUCUGAAAGAAUGCAAGAAGAUGGCCAGGAAACACCAAGUGAGGAUGAAUUGGAUAUUUAUAUGGAGCAUUUGCAGCAACAUCCAUCAGUACAGAAACAAGUGUAAAUUGAGUAAAAAAAAAGGCAUUUUUAUUACUUAAAAAAAA